UCCUCCGCCUCUCCAUUCCCCACCCCCCUCUCUCCCCAUGGCGGUGAAGGGCAAGGGCAAGGCGGUGGCCGCCUCCACCCCGCCCCCCGUCGCCGGAGGCAAGCGGCAGAUCGGGUGCGGCGGCGCGGGGGCGUCGUCGUCCUCCGGGGGCGCGGCGGCGGCGGCCAAGCGCCCCCGCCGGUCUGGGGUCCUCCAGUUCUUCGACGACGCCGCCUUCGUCGGCGACGAGGAUGACGAAGACGAGGAGGAGGAGCAGCAGGAGGAGAUGUUCUUCGAGUCCGAGGACGACGCCGCCGCCGACGGUUUAUUUACUCAGGGAAAGGCAGAAACUGUUAACUUAAGAACAGAAAGGUCGCACCCUCUUCCGUUUCUUGGGAUAGUUAAGGAAGAGGAGCUGAGCGGUGAUGAACUUGAGGACUUUAUCAAGGAUCGUUAUUCUAGUCAUGUGAAACACACCCCUUUUGAUGGAUCCACCAAUGUACAUGACGAUGACUUUACCAUGGAUCAAUUGAAAGAGCCUACUAUUUGGAAGAUCAAAUGCAUGGUUGGGCGUGAGCGCCAAAUGGCUUUCUGUCUCAUGCAAAAGUUUGUUGAUCUGCAAAAGUUUGGCACCAAAGUUCCAAUUAUCUCAGCAUUUGCACUUGAUCAUGCGAGAGGAUUUGUUUUUGUUGAAGCUGAGAAGGCCUGUGAUGUUACAGAGGCAUGCAAAGGAUUCUGCACCGUUUAUGUAAGCAGGAUUAAUUCUGUUCCUGUAGCUGAAGUUCCUAGCUUGCUAUCCAGCCGCACAAAACCAUUUGCAAUAUCUCCAGGUACAUGGGUGCGCAUGAAGAAUGGAAAUUACAAAGGAGAUCUAGCACAGGUUGUUAGUGCAGAUGAUGGGCGAAAACGGGUUAUGAUCAAGCUUAUACCUAGAGUUGAUCUCCGGGCGAUUUCGAAAAAAUUUGGUGGUGCUAUUUCACUAAGAGAAGCUUCAAUUCCUGCUCCACGCCUAAUCAGUUCACAAGAACUAGAGUUCUUCAGGCCUCAUAUUGAAAUAAGGCGUGAUCGGCAGACUGGUGAUGUUUUUGAAGUGCUUGAUAGUCUCAUGUUUAAAGAUGGUUUCCUAUAUAAAAGGGUUGCACUUAGUUCUUUGAUUUACUGGGGGAUACAACCAACAGAAGCUGAACUGCUCAAGUUUUCUUCCAGUCCAAGUAAUACAAAUUCUACUGAUGACUUGGAGUGGGUCUCCAGCAUGUAUGGUCGCAAGAAAAGAAACCUGCCAAAAGAACAUGAUAUGAAGCCAUCAUCUUCUAAAGCUUCAUCCUCUAAAGAAAAAUGUUCCAAGGAAUCCAAUCUUAAAGCAUCCACAUCUACUGAAGAUUAUGAGGAUGAUAGAUCUAAUCUCCAUGAUCUUGUACUCUUUGGGCGAAAAGAUUUUGGCGUGGUCAUUGCAAUUGAGAAAGAUGGUCUUAGGAUAUUAAAAGGUGGUCCUGAAGGAUCUGCAGUGACCAUUAGAAAACAGGAUAUUAAAGUUUGUGAAGACAAAAUGUUUACUGCUGUUGACCAAAAGAAGAAGAUAAUAUCUAUUAAUGACACUGUUAAUGUUUUGGAAGGACCAUUCCAGGGUAAGCAAGGCGUUGUUAAACACUUGUACAUGGGCAUCCUGUUUAUCUAUAAUGAAAGUGAAAGCGAGAACAACGGAUAUUUUUGUGCCCAAUGCGGUGCGUGUGAAAAUGUCAAAAAGCGGAAGGAAGUGGCAAGUUCCACCGAUGGAAAUUUGGAGGACAAUCCGAUUCCCAUGUUUUCAUACGAACAAAAUGAGCAACAGGACAAUGAAAGGCCUUACAGGAGCACUAGAGAACAACUUUUCUCAAUUGGGGAGACGUUGCGUAUUCGAAAGGGCCCUUUGAAGGGCUAUCUCUGUCGAGUUGUUCGAAUAUUUCGAAAUGAUGUUACUGUUAAGCUAGAUUCACUACUGAAGAUUGUCACAGUGCAAGCGGAGUUUCUUUCAGUCCCAGCUAAAAGGGGGGAUAACUCUUCUGGUGCUCCAACCGGUCCUUUUGGUUCAGAAGCUGACAAACCUUCAUGGAAUAAUGGAUUGCCAUCUUUUGGAAGUGAUUCCUGGCAACCAUUUUCAAGUUCUGCAUUACCAGUUGAGAAUGCAGAUGGGGACUCUGAAGCCGAUCCAUGGUGUAAGAAAACAACUUCUACUGCCAACGAUUCUGAUCCGUGGGGUAUGAAAACAAAAUCUGCAUCCCUUGAAGUAUGGAACAAUAGUACCACACAAAAGGAAAAAUCCAGCGAUGAUGCAUGGGAUAAACAACCUGGAGGUAGCGGAUCUAAUAUUGGUGGAAGCUCUUGGGACAGAACGACAGUCGACAAGGAGAGUGGAAAGAGUGACAGCUGGGGUGAGGCAUGCAAGGAGAUGGACAAAACUGCUAGUGAUACAGAUCCUUGGGGAAGCAAGGUCAAAGAGGUAGAUCUGAAAGAAACAGAUAACUGGGGAAAGUCUUCAAUGCAACCUGAGAAGUCAGAGGAGAAUAGUCAUGGAUGGGGCCAACCUAUUGGCAGGUCAAACCGAGACCAAGAAAAAGUUGCAGAAAAAAGUGGGGCUUGGGAUACUGUUAUUGCUGGGUCAUCUUCAUCUGCUCCUGGCAUAGGGGAUGGUGACUCCUGGGUUAAAACUGAUACUUUUCCUGUUGCUCAAGAUGCCUGGGGCAAGUCAAAAGACAAAAGUAGUGAUGGAGCAGCUGGGUGGAAUGAGAGAACCUCUAACCAAAGCCAUGGCACUGCUGCUGGCAACUGGAAUAAAUCAUCUGACGUGGAUGGGGAGAAGGAUGCAUGGGGCAAAGCAAAAGAUACAACAACUAAAUCUGACGAAAAGAAUAAUGAAGGUGGGAACUGGAAUGCCCCAAAUUCAUCAAUUGAUCAGCCUUGGAGUAGCAGUAGGGGCACAAAGUCAUCUGACGAAAAUCGGGCUUCCACUUGGAACAGUUCAGAAGAUAAAAAACCAUCUGGGGGUCAAGAACAAGGUGAUGCUUGGACUAGCAAAAUGACUUCUGCUGGUGCUGAGGAUAAAAGUGAUGGCUGGGGAACCAAGACCGAAGGCAAUUCUGGUAGCACUGGGGGAAAGUGGGACAAUGCUUCAUCGGGUGAAGAGCGGCAAACUGAUCCUUGGGGAAGCAAGAUCGAUUCUACUAAAGGCAAAGAACAAGAAACCGACCCUUGGACAGGCAAGGUAACAUCUUCUGCAGAUGCUGAAGAUAACAAUAAUGGCUGGAACGCUAGGGCAAGGGACACUGCCUCUGGCAGUGAGGGCAAGUGGGGCAAUGCUGGAGCAGAGGAGAAGGCUGGUGCCUGGAAUGGUAAAGGGGGGAAUGAAAAUAACGGAGGUUGGAAUGGUGGUGGCUCCUCAUGGGGGAAUAAGACAUCUUCUUGGGGUACACCAAGCUUCUCAGGUAAUCAGGAACCAGCUUGGAGCAAUCCAAAGAAUGGUGAUGAUAACACUGGAUAUGGUAGGGGCGGAUUUGGACGUGGCAAUCGAGGCAGAGGGAGAGGAAGGAAUUUUGGCGACAAUGGAUCCUCAUGGAGUGGAGGCGAAAGAUCUGAAGAUCGAUGGAACACGCGAGAUUCUGAUGGUUGCAGAGGAAGAGGAAGAUGGCGCUUUGGGAGAGGUGAUCGCCCUCAGGGUAGUAACUAUAGUCCAGGUGACAACAAUGACAGAAGCUGGGGCUCUGGCAGGGGAAAUAGGGACCGACAAAACUGGAACCGUAAUGAUGACAAAAUACCAUUUGGUCAAGAUCGAGGUGGUGGCUGGUCCCAAUCUUCUGACUGGAACUCCAACAAAGGAAACACAGAAGAUCAAGCUUUAUCAAAAGGCAAGUCCAGCUGGGGGAGUGACAAAAAUGACAGCUGGGGAGCUCCAAAACCUUCUGGUGGAGAUGAUCAGACCGAAAAAAACAAUGGAAACAAUCCGUGGGGUCAGUGGGGUGCUCCUGGUGACACUACGGGAAAAGGAUCUGGCGGAGGGGGGUCUUGGGAAAAUAAGAAUUUGUCAGGAGGAACAAGGGGUUCAGGUAUGACUGCGGAGAAGCCUUCUUGGGGUGGAUCAGGAGCUGGUCAAAAGAAAGAAGGAUCAUGGGAGAAACAUAAGGGUAGUGGGAGCCAAGGAGGCGGCAACAGCUCUUGGGACAAGGCGGAUGGUGGAUGGAAUGGGAGCCAAGGAGGCGGCAAGGCGGAUGGUGGAUGGAACAGCAAUAAGGGCGAGAACACCCAAGGAAGUGGCGGUAGCUCAUGGGACAAAGCGGAUGGAGGUGGCAGCAGCUCUUGGGAGAAGGCAGAUGGUGGAUGGAACAGCAAUAAGGGCGAGAACACCCAAGGAAGUGGCGGCAGCUCAUGGGACAAAGCGGAUGGAGGCGGCAGCAGCAGCAAGGGUGGGUGGUAAGCUCGAUCCAGGAUCAGCUGUGAUCGAUUAAUGCAUGUAUAUAAUGGUCGCCAUGCACCGUUUGAACUUGCUGUAUAUUUCUGGACUUAGAACUCGUAUUAUCAGUAGUUCCUUUGCCAUGCUACUUGGACCUGCAAACAUGCCCUAGUUUCAGCAGAACAUUUCCUAUCGUGAUGGUUAUUAAGGUGCGUUUGUACCACCAUCUCUACGAUUCUCGGGUGUUUAUCUUUUUUGGAUAGUGGUGUUUUGUGCAAGUGUGAUGCAAGAGCAUCUGGGCAUAUGCUCAAGUGUCAAGAACCGCAUUUUGGUUA